UGUGCAAUACACAGCUAACUCGACGCUCAAUUCCAUUGGCAAGCAUGGAUCAGCUUACAAGUAGCACCGUGUUCUGGCUCACCACCGCCGUAGCUUUCCUGCUGAUCAACACGGUCAUACUGAGAGCGUUGCAGAAGAGAAAGAGCAGCCCGGCCGCGGCGGCGGCGGCGGCGCCGCCGCCCGUUGUGCAGGGAGUCGGUCUUGUACGGUUCGUGCGCGCCAUGGCGAGGGACGGGCCACUGGAGGCGAUCCGCGAACAGCAGGCGAAGCUGGGGAGCGUGUUCACGGCGAGCGCACCGUUGGGCCUCUUCAAGGUGACCUUCCUCAUCGGGUCGGAGGUGUCGAGCCACUUCUACGUGGCGUCGUACUCGGAGAUCAGCAUGGGCAGAUUGUACGAGUUCACCGUGCCCAUCUUUGGGCCCGGGGUCCUCUAUGGCGUGGACCUGGAAACCAGAAAAGAGCAGAUACGCUUCAACUGGGACAUUCUCAAGCCACGUAGCCUCAAGGCCAGUGUAGGUGCCAUGGCUGAGGAGGUCGAGGUAAUUUAAUUUUUAAUUAGUUUUCACCUUCAACUUAUUAACC